AUGGCGCAGCAACAUAUUCAAGUAGAGAAGAAAAGGCUCUGCUGUUCGAUCUGUUUGGAUCUGCUGAAGGAUCCGGUGACUAUUCCCUGUGGGCACAGCUACUGUACGAACUGUGUUAAAAAUCAUUGGGAUGAGGAAGAUCACAAGAAAACCCACAGCUGCCCUCAGUGCAGACAGACCUUCACACCGAGGCCUGCUCUGAAGAAAAACACCAUCUUGGCAGAGUUAGUGGAGGAGCUGCAGAAGACUGAACUACCAGCUGAUCACUGCUACGCUGGACCUGGAGAUGUGACCUUUAAUGUCCGCACUGGGAGGAAGCUGAAAGCUACCAAGUCCUGUCUGCAGCGUCUGGUCAAUUACUGUGGGCAACACCUCCAGCCUCUGUAUGACUCCCCUGCCUAUAAAAAACACAAGCUCAUCAAACAAUCAGGGAAGCUCCAGGGGAACAUCUGCUCUUGUCACGGUAAAGAGUUGAAGCUUUUCUGCCGCACAGACCAGAAGUGUAUCUGCCUUCUCUGCGCAGUGUAUGAACACAAACACCACGACAUGAUCUUGGCCUCGGAAGAAUGCAUUAAAUGGGAGGGGGAGCGUGUGUCAAGUCAACAACAGGUUAAAAAGAGAAUCCAGGACAGAGAGAAUGAUAUGAAGGUGCUUCAGCAUGAGAUGGAUGCUAUAAAUUAUUCUGCUGAUAAGGCUCUCAAGGAAAGCGAGGAGAUCUUUACUCAGUUGCUUCAUCUUAUCAACAACAUGCGCUCUGAUGUGAAGUUGCAGAUUAAAUCCCAGCAGAAAACAAAAGUCAGUCGAGCAAAAGAGCUUCGAGCCAAGCUGCAGCGGGAGCUCAGUUGGCUGAGGAGGAGAGAUGCUGAGCUGGAGCAGCUGUCACAUACAAAAGAUCAUGCAACGUUUAUUCAAAAUUACUCCUCUUUGACAUGCAUAAAUCAGGGAACCGACCCACGCAGGAUUAACAUGCAUCUUCUGCAGUACUUUGAGGAUGUGACACUAACUGUGCACAAGGCCAAAGAAAAACUACAAGGGAUUCUUACCGAUACUUCCACCAAAAUCUCACUGAUAGAGAAAGAAGUCCUGAGCCGAGAGAGCCUGAGUGGACGUCAUUACUGGGAGGUGGAGAAGAAGUCGUUUGAAGUUUCAAUAGCAGUUACCUACAAAGAUAUCAGAAGAACAGGGUAUGAAAGUGGAUUUGGAAAUGAUGACAAAUCCUGGGCUUUAGAGUGUUUUAAUAAGAGUUAUCAGUUCAGACACAAUGCCACCAGCACUUUAAUCAGAGGCCCUCAGUCUUCCAGAAUAGGCGUGUACCUGGAUCACAGUGGAGGUAUUUUGUCCUUCUACAGCGUCUCUGACACGGUGACUCUCCUCCACAGAGUUCAGACCACAUUCACUCAGCCACUGUGUCAGGGUCUUGGUGUUUUUGCUUCUUCUGAUGCUGCUGCUGCUGCUGAGCUGUGCGAGCUCAAAAAAAUGCUAGUGCCUGUAAGUCAUGUGUAA